CUCUCUCCUGCCUUCUCUGCCUCAGCCAACCCGGGCUGUGCCGAGCUGCUCCCUGCGGGAUCAGAGCGCUCCCCCGCCGGGACCCUUCUCUCACAUCCCCCUGCUGGGACGCGGCUACAUUUCCAGCCAAGCACUGCCUGCCUUGGCUUUAUUAUGUGUGUCUGCGCCGCAGCCCCGCCAGCAGAGGCAGGCAGAGGAGGAGGAGGGAGACUGGUAGCCAGAGUCAGGACAAAGAAAAAGCAGGGAGACAGAGGCUAGCGAAGGGUUAGACUGUUUGCAAUAUUAGGCUGCUAUUAUUAUCGCCGGUAGGGCUUUGAGAAAUAUUAAUAAAAAAGAAAGUGUGGGCAGUAAAAGCAGCAUUCCCCUCGGGGUGAAGAUGCAGAGGGAGAGCGCUAUGUCCAUGCCACCAGACCAACACCUCCACUGCCUAGUGUAGAUUAGCGGGACGGAACACAGGAGACUGGUCGGUUCGGGUCGCUUUCCUGGAGCGAAAAGAAAAAACAACACAGACUGAAAUAGUUUCGAUAAACUAAAUAAACCUAGACGAGGACGCGAGGAGCACGGAGGAAGCCACGUUUUCAUCUGAAAGCAAUUUCCCCAACACAUUAUCUGCCGCUUCUCAUCACCUGGACCGUCACGUAGACACGGUGCCGCUGUCACUUUGAUCCCCACACGGCGCGGGAGCUGCUCAGGUGUUUGCUGCGCGAAGAAGCAAGAACCCAAAAGCUGUCUGCACCGGAGCACGCUGUUAACGACGGACAGGGGGGAUACGAACGGGAAGUUGAUCCCGUUAAUUCUACAGGUUGUGCGAGCCCUUUCUGUAAAAAGAAAAAACAUCAGAGGAGCCAAGCGACGCUCUCCACCGCUUUCCUCCCGGUGUGUUUGGUUUGUUGUCGCUGGACAUUCACAGACUGAAGCUGCCGCAUUGCAACAGGCAGAAGAAGCAGCAGCGAAGUGGUGGAGAAGGAGGAAGACAACGCGACUGUGUCAGCCUGUAUGCUGAAAACGCGGAACGGAACAAAAAACAACAAGAGAUUUAAAAAAAAAAAUAAUCAAAAAGCUGUUCAAGUCCAGAGAUGUCGAGACGAAAACAGGCCAAACCGCGCUCCGUUAAAGCGGUAGAAGAGGGGGAGUCUUCAGAGUGUGGAGGGGCCUGGGAUGAAUCAACUGUCCAGACAGAAGUUCAAGCGUCUGACAGAGAGUCAGACCCCAAAGAUCACCCAGGUCAGGGUGCAGAGGAUGGAGAACAGGAGGAACACGAUGACCAUGAUGACAGAGAGCAUGAUGAUGACCUCGACGACGAGUCCAUCUUCACCUGUGACAACUGUCAACAGGAUUUUGACUGCCUGGCAGAGCUCACUGAACACAGAACCAACCACUGCCCAGCUGAUGGAGAUGAUGACGCAGCAGGGCUGUCCUGGGUGCCUUCCUCGCCCUCCAGUAAAGAUGUGGCAUCGCCCUCGCAGAUGCCAGACGGAUGCUGUGACCUCGGCAUGGCCACCGGCGGGGAGGAGGAAGGAGGCGCCGGUCUGCCGUACCCCUGCCAGUUCUGUGACAAGUCCUUCAGCCGUCUGAGUUACCUGAAGCGCCACGAGCAGAUCCACAGCGACAAGCUGCCUUUCAAGUGUACCUUCUGCAGCCGCCUGUUCAAACACAAAAGGAGCAGAGACCGCCAUGUCAAACUCCACACAGAUUCAGGAGAUAAGAAGUAUAGUUGUCAGGAGUGUGAAGCUGCCUUCUCUCGCUCUGAUCACCUGAAGAUCCACUUGAAGACACACAGCUCCAGCAAACCGUUUAAGUGCAGCGUUUGUAAGCGUGGCUUCUCCUCCACCUCGUCACUGCAGAGCCACAUGCAGGCUCACCGCAAGAAUCGAGAGCACCUCGCCCUGAGAAGUGAGAGAGAUGGUGGGAAGAAGGGAGCAGGAGGAGAUGGUGACCUGGAGCACGACCUGUAUAUGUGUGAUUACUGUGAGGAGACAUUCAGCCUUACAGAUGAGCUGGAGAAACACGUCCUGACCAGACACCCCCAGCUGUCUGACCGAGCCGACUUGCAAUGCAUCCAUUGUCCUGAGAUCUUUCUCGACGAGCCUUCUCUCCUCACACAUAUUGAAACACAGCAUGCUAACCGCAAGCACAAAUGUCCUGUGUGCUCAGAACAGUUCCCUUCUGUAGAGGACGUUUACUGCCACCUUGACAGCCAUCGCCAGCCUGACUCGUCCAUUCACAGCGCUGCUAGUCCUGAUCCUGCGCUCGGCAGUGUGGCCUCAAUGAGCUCCGCGACUCCAGAUUCUAGUGCCAGCCUGGAGAGAGGCUCCACGCCAGACUCUACCCUUAAGCCCGGCCAUGGCAGUGAACGAGGUCGCAGAAGAGGCACAGAGUCCGUGGACGACAUCGGGAUUAGCCUAGUUCAUCAAGGUGGAGUGGGAGGGGGGAACUGGGGUAAAGUGACCUACUCCUGCCCCUACUGCUCGAAGAGAGACUUCCACAGCCUGGCCGUGUUGGAGAUCCAUUUGAAGACCAUCCAUGCAGAUAAGCCGCAGCAGAGUCACACAUGUCACCUGUGCUUGGAAACACUGCCAACCCUUUACAACCUCAACGAACAUGUGCGCAAAGCUCACCGCGGCAGUGGAGGAAGUGUUGGAACAGCGGCAGCGACUUUUCCCCUGUUGCAGUUUACUAAUGUCACAGCGUUUCACUGUAACUACUGCCCAGACAUGUUUGGUGACAUCAACUCUCUUCAAGAACACAUCAGAGUGUCGCACUGCCUACCUGGUGGGAUUGUGGCAGGAUCCACAACAUUAGAGGGAAACCAUGCCUUCUUCUGCAACCAGUGCUCUAUGGGGUUCUUGACGGAGACCUCAUUGACCGAACAUAUUCAGCAGACGCACUGCAACUCAGCCACGGGGGGCGGAGCUUCGUCCGGAGGAGCCGUGGCCAAACUGGAGUCUCCUGUACUGCAGUCUGCAUCUCAAUCUUUCAUGGAGGUUUACUCCUGCCCUUACUGCACCAAUUCUCCAAUCUUCGGCUCACUCCUCAAGCUCACCAAGCAUAUAAAGGAGAACCACAAGAACAUCCCGCUGGCCAACAACAAGCGGCAGGCAAAGGUCGCAGACCUCAGCCCGGCCUCCUCGGAUGUAGAGAUCUCCUCCCCGAAACGCCACAGACUGGGAGGGGACUCCACACCCUCCAUGGGGAGCAACGGGGACUACCCUUGCAACCAGUGUGACCUGCGGUUUGCGAGCUUUGAGGGUUUCCAGGCCCACCUGAAGUCCCACCUGGAGAUGCUGCUGAGGCGCCAGUCCUGCCCUCAGUGCAACAAGGAGGACUUUGAAUCCCAGGAGGCAUUGCUUCAACACUUAACAGUGCACUACACCACCACGUCCACCCAGUAUGUGUGUGAGAGCUGUGAUAAGCAGUUCUCCUCAGUUGAUGACCUGCAGAAACACCUGCUGGACAUGCACACAUUUGUCCUUUACCACUGCACGCUCUGCCAGGAGGUCUUUGACUCCAAGGUCUCCAUUCAGGUACAUUUGGCGGUAAAACAUAGCAAUGAGAAGAAGCUGUUUCGCUGCACAGCGUGUGCCUGGGACUUCAGGAAGGAGGCGGACCUUCAGCUCCAUGUUAAGCAUAAUCACCUGGGACAGAGGUCAGGCCUCCCAGGUGGGCUCGGGACAGGGCUCAAGCCUCGUAAGUGCAUCUUCUGUGGAGAGACGUUUGGAACCGAGGUGGAGCUCCAAUGCCACAUCACCACACACAGCAAGAAGUUCACAUGUCGCUUCUGCGGCAAAGCGUUCCAUGCCCUCUCACUGCUGGAGAGACACCUGAGGGAGAAGCACUGUAUCUUCGAGGGUGGCAACAUCACUGGCAAUGGAGGUGGUACAGGGAGCAGCGGGAGUCAGAACGGGACACCCAAUGGGCUGGCGACGUCCUCUAAGCGAGGAGGAGGAGGAGGAGGAAGUGGUGGAAAUGGAGGUGCGGGAGGCAUUGAGAGAGCAACAGUGGCAGCUGCUGAACAAGCUGACCUGCAGAACAUGUUGCUGAAGAGUGGAGGGGUUGGAGGAGGAGGAGCCGGUCAGGGGGGAGAUACAGUCAACAGCCAUGAGGCGAGCGGAGGUGAGGAAGAGCUGGACAAUUCAGAGCCCAUGUAUGCCUGUGAUAUCUGUGGUGCAGCCUACACCAUGGAGUCCCUGCUACAGAACCACCGGCUGCGUGACCACAACAUUCGACCCGGAGAUGAUGACGCCUGUUCUCGAAAGAAGAAGGCAGACUUCAUCAAGGGGAACCACAAGUGCAACGUGUGCUCCAGAACAUUCUUCUCUGAGAGCGGCCUUCGUGAGCACGCUCAGACACACCGCGGCCCAGCCAAACACUACAUGUGUCCGAUAUGUGGCGAGCGCUUCCCCUCUCUGCUCACCCUCACCGAACACAAGGUGACCCACAGUAAGAGCCUGGACACAGGAACCUGUCGAAUCUGUAAGAUGCCGCUGCAGAGCGAGGAGGAGUUUAUAGAGCACUGCCAGAUGCACCCUGACCUCCGCAACUCGCUCACCGGCUUCCGCUGCGUCGUCUGCAUGCAGACGGUCACCUCCACCCUUGAGCUGAAGAUCCACGGCACCUUCCACAUGCAGAAGCUCUCCACUGGUUCUGGACUUUCAGGAACUGUAGGAGGGAAUGGAAUUGGAGGAGGAGGAGCAGGGGGAAAUGGCUCAGCUUCGUCGUCCCCUAACGGGCAGCUUCAGCAGCAUAAGCUGUAUAAAUGCGCCUUCUGCCUAAAAGAGUUCAAGAACAAAGGGGAGCUAGUGAAGCUGGAUGUCAACGGCCUGCCUUAUGGCCUCUGUGCCGGCUGCAUGAGCAGGGGUACAAACGGCCAAAGCCCCAGCCAAGGAGGAGCUGCAACGCCCGGGGAUACGCAGGGAGAGAAGGCCCUGGCCGGGCUGCGGUGUCCGGAGUGUGGGGUGAAGUUUGAAAGCCUGGAGGAUUUGGAGAGCCACGUUCAGACAGAUCACCCCGAGGUCAGCCCUGAAACCAGCGCAUCAGGAAAGAAGGCUGAGGCUUCACCUGCACCUAAGAAAAAGACCUACCAGUGUAUUAAAUGCCAAAUGACAUUUGAGACGGAGAGAGAGAUCCAGAUUCACGUCGCUAAUCACAUGAUCGAAGAGCCCACCUGUCGGCAAGAGGAGGGCAUCAAUCACGAGUGCAAGCUGUGUAACCAGAUGUUUGAUUCACCUGCCAAGCUGCUCUGCCACCUGAUAGAGCACAGCUUUGAAGGCAUGGGAGGUACCUUCAAGUGUCCCGUCUGCUUCACAGUGUUUGUGCAGGCCAACAAGCUCCAGCAGCACAUUUUUGCCGUCCAUGGCCAGGAAGACAAGAUCUACGACUGUUCCCAGUGUCCGCAGAAGUUCUUCUUUCAGACAGAACUACAGAACCACACACUGAGUCAGCACGCGCAGUGAGACCGAGGCCCGGCAGGAUCUCUCGGCUCAGCCGGGGCCCCCGACCCGGUGCCGGCAGGGGACUCCCAUCUCCACAUCACAGCCAAUCAAAGUGUCAUUUGCUACUCACAUGUAAAACUCUAACGAUCGCGCCACUGGGCGCGGCUAUUAGGAGCAGCGGGGGAAAGGAAUAUUAAUGGGAUAUGCUAUUAAAUAAAGAAAGGAAAAAGUGGGUGAGAGAAACGGUGAGAGCCACAUGAAGGAAAGAGAGAAGUUAAAAAAAAAGGUAUUGUACGUGCAGUAUUUUUUAUUGUCCCUGCCAAACCCUCCCUCACCAGCUUCCUCCCCCUCCCCUCCUCCCUCCCUCUGUGUCCACCCAUUGCUCCCCAGGUCAGGCAUUUUAUUUUUUUUAACAAAUAGAAAAGCAAAAAAAGCAAAACAACCUUUGUUUAGUUUUUUUAAUAGAUUGUAGAAAAUGCUUCACUUUCUUGUCCCCUCAGUUGCUUAUUGUAUCUAAAAUCAUAGGUGCCGAUUGAUUUGACUUCCUUUGCCAUAUGCGCUUAUUUUCUUGUUCGUUUUUGUACCUUUUAUUUCUCGCCGUAAGUAGGUACUUGUGCUGUGUUGUGAUUGAUUGUUUUGCCAGUCGUAAAUUCCUGAGUUUCUUCCUCUGACUCUCCUUUUUAUGAUUAUUGUUAUAUAUAUUUUUUUCCUUUUUGUAAUUACUAUGAAAAAAAGACAUCAAACAAAAUAAAGUGCAGAAAACCAUACAGAUGUUUCUUUUUUGGAUUGGGUUUUCCAGUCGCUAUGGGGCCUAAAAUGGUUAUUGUAAAAAUAAAUAUAAUCGAUUUCAGUGCGUCUGGUCAAUGACUGCUUUUUAAAUGUGAAUUUACCAGAUUGCAAUAAUCUAGUACAGACAAAAAAAGAUAAAACAAAUAAAUAAAUGACAAAUAAAGAA